CAGUCUCGCUUCACCGGCGUGUGUUUUGCUCUCGUCCGGCCGCUCCGUCUCUCUCAGCAGAGGCGGCAGACGGCCGAGGAUGAGCCUGCGGGGCGAGUGUGAAGCCCGGGGAGAGAGACCACAGGCCGGACCACUGUGCGUUCCCAGCCGGGAGAGCUGAGACGGAGCUGGGCUCCUCGACAUUAGCAUUACCGUUAGUGUUAGCGUUAGCAUCGGCGAGCACAGCUGGACGUGAGCUCUUUAUUCACACGGACGGGAGGGGGACAGACAUGGAGCCGGGAGGACUCGUCUUCGGGGUUCUGAGUCCUGCCGUUGGACACUGAAGAGGAGCACGCGAGAAACUUGCACCACCUGUUGAAAGCAAGACGGGUUUGCGGCGGAGCCCCCAUCCUCGAGAGGUCCCUCGAUCUUGAACGGCGUCCGGAGCGCGUAACCAUGACGACAGGCGGCUGUUGCCACCUGCCCGGCUCUCUGUGCGACUGCGCCAGCACGCCCGGUCUGUGGAAGAGCGUGGAGGAAGGCGGCAGCGAGGGGUGCCAGGCGCUGUACGUCACCCAGGUCACCGCCAUAGACGGACGGCUGCUGUCGUCGGUGCUCAAACCCAUGAGCGCUCAGAGCGAUGGACCGAUCUGCCGUAUCUGUCAUGAGGGCGGGAGCGGCGAGGGUCUCCUGUCCCCGUGCGACUGCACCGGCACGCUGGGCACGGUGCACAAGAGCUGCCUGGAGAAGUGGCUGUCAUCGUCCAACACCAGCUACUGCGAGCUUUGCCACACCGAGUUCAGCAUCGAGCGCCGGCCGAGGCCCCUCACAGAGUGGCUGCGGGACCCCGGGCCUCGGAACGAGAAGCGGACGCUCUUCUGUGACAUGGUGUGCUUCUUGUUCAUCACGCCUCUGGCCGCCAUCUCCGGCUGGCUGUGCCUGAGGGGCGCUCAGGAUCACCUCCACCUGGGGAGCUGGCUGCAGGCCGUGGGCCUCAUCGCGCUCACCAUCGCCCUCUUCACCAUCUACGUCCUCUGGACCUUGGUGUCCUUCCGCUACCACUGUCAGCUCUACUCCGAGUGGAGGAGAACAAACCAAAAGGUCCGUCUGCUUAUUCCACAAGCCAAGGAGUAUAACUCUUCCCAGCAUUCCUUGCUCUCUACCAAACUGUCCAAGAAGUCGGCCAAUGAGAGCAUAGUAUGAGACCGUGCGGACAUGGUUGCUGAUGUUGGUGUUGAUGCACGCUGGAAAGACUGAAAAGAAGCACUCGUGGGCUUUUUUCUUUGCUUUCUUCCUUUUUUUUAAAUUUUUUUUUAAAAUUUUUAUUCUUUGCGUCAUCGUUGCAUUUUUUUUUCCCCCACCAUGCGUUUUGUAUCCUCAGUCGUUCUUUGGGAGCAGAAACAGACACGUUUGACUGGAAUCUGCAAGUCCUCCAGAGCUGUUUUCAUGACGGAACAGCAGAAAGGACCGACAGGUGGAACUGUGCAGACGAGUAUCAGGCUCAUGGCCCGGGGACGCUGAACCAACAGCGAGGGAGAAAUGAGUGGUGGUCAGCUUCAACAAGGAUUGUGAAAUGUCAGGAAUCUCCUGCUCAGUGCGGUUCUCUGUAGAUUGCUGAGCGCAGCGGAUAUCUAGUGAAAGUAACUGCCGGUCGUGUAGCACGCGGACAUGCAUUCAUCUGCUUCGGCCUUCCGGUUUCUGCACGGAGGCGCCCGUAAUGGAGAGCUUUAAAACUACUAUGUGAUCACUUACCAAUCUGCAGAUGGAAAUUUGGUCAGCACGUGAUGACAAUUAAAAACGUUAAAAUUAACACAGAACUUUUACAGAGUUUGUCUUUAUCUCCAUCAGCUUUGACAUCCCAUUCAGGAAGAGAUGGCGGCGGAAGCGUCAUGAAGCCAGAGAUCGUGCAAUAACAAACUGUGGACUUCACGCUUCUCACAGUACUUAAAGAGACCUUUAACGACGUGCGCAGUCAUGCGUGCACGCAGCGCUGUUUGUAACUUUCUGGGAUUCUUUUAGUUUUUUUUUUUAACUAUUUUUUAACCACUUAAAAAUAAGUAAAACCUUUUACUAUUCCUACCAAGGUAGGAUUGAACAGUGUCCUCACUGAGGUUCUUGUAUUAUCAGCACUUACAAGUAGGUCUUUAUAUUUAUAUAGAUGGAU